GCAAGGCGAACGUGGGGCGGCAGCGCGCUCCUCCGCUCCCGUAGCCCGAGGGACUGAAACUUCCGUGGGCGGCUCCCACCGGAGCGCGCUGUCCGGGACGCACCCGCGACAGGGCGAAGGAGACGGGACGCGAGCUGCAGCGGGAGCCGGGGCGGGCAGCCCGCUGGCCCCGCGCCCAGCAGCAGCCGCGGCCGCCGCCAGCCGGGCGGGCUCCGGGACUGCAGGGGAGGUGCGGACACUUGCAGCGUCCCGAGCCGUGGCCGGAGCCAUGAGGAGGAUCGAGCCCGGGGCCGCGGAGCUAGAGCGCGGCCGGCCGCUGCACUUGCCGCCGGGAGCUCUGCGCGCACUGCCCGCUUCUUUUGCUGCUUCUCGCUCCGGAGGUGAAUAGAGGGGAGACGCACCCCACUCGCGCGGGACUCCGACGCUGAUACGCUCCAGCGGCGGCCUGGCUCCUGGUGGGCAGCGGAGCGUCCCCUCGGGGAUGCACAGGGAAGGUCGGAUCGCACUCCAAGCCUCCGGGAACGUUCCUUCCGUGAUGCCGCUGUGAAGGCCGAGUGUAGCGGGGACCCGCUCUCUAGCAAGGAGGGAUGACUUAGACCCUGGCUCUGCAGCCUGGGCGUCGCGACAGAGGGGAGUGGCCCGACCGGAAGGUCCCUGGCGUCAUAACUUCUUGGGGAGAUCUACGUCCUCUAGAGACAUCACCUCCACCCAGGGCAGUGCCAUGUGGGGCGGACGCGGCUCACCCACCACUUCUUCUGGGCACCGCGCGUCGCUGCUGCAGCUGCUGCUGGCCGCGCUGCUGGCGGCGGGGGCGCGGGCCAGCGGCGAGUACUGUCACGGCUGGCUGGACGCGCAGGGCGUCUGGCGCAUCGGCUUCCAGUGCCCCGAGCGCUUCGACGGCGGCGACGCCACCAUCUGCUGCGGCAGCUGUGCGCUGCGCUACUGCUGCUCCAGCGCCGAGGCGCGCCUGGACCAAGGAGGCUGCGACAACGACCGCCAGCAGGGUGUGGGGGAGCCAGGCCGGACAGACCGAGAAGGCCCAGACAGCUCGGCAGUCCCCAUAUACGUGCCGUUCCUCAUCGUCGGCUCUGUGUUUGUGGCCUUCAUCAUCCUGGGGUCCCUCGUAGCGGCAUGCUGUUGCAGAUGUCUGCGGCCCAAGCAGGAUCCCCAGCAGAGCAGAGCCCCAGGGGGCAACCGCCUGAUGGAGACUAUCCCCAUGAUCCCCAGUGCCAGCACUUCCCGGGGGUCAUCAUCCAGGCAGUCCAGUACAGCUGCCAGCUCCAGCUCCAGUGCGAACUCGGGGGCCCGGGCUCCCCCAACAAGGUCACAGACCAACUGCUGCUUGCCCGAGGGAACCAUGAACAACGUGUAUGUCAACAUGCCCACAAAUUUCUCUGUACUUAACUGUCAGCAGGCCACCCAGAUCGUACCCCAUCAAGGGCAGUACCUGCACACUCCGUAUGUGGGGUAUGCGGUCCAACAUGACUCUGUGCCCAUGACACCAGUGCCGCCAUUCAUGGAUGGCCUGCAGCCCGGCUACAGACAAGUCCAGCCCUCCUUUGCCCACACUAACAGUGAACAGAAGAUGUACCCUGCCGUGACUGUAUAGCUUGCAGGUAACCAAGUAGACUCCUUUAUGAGCAAAACAGGGCCAGACUCUUGUGCCGGAAGUCUGCUCAAGUUGGUGGUUUUCAUCGAUGUUCUCCUAGAUGACUUCAUUUGCCUCUAACCUGUAAGGGGAUAUCUCCAGAACAGCGUUUCUGUGCAUGUUUCCUGAUUCAGAAUGGAAAAACACAGCCCCUGGAGUCGCCACCUGUGUCCUCAAGUAUGUGACAAAUGCUUGAGCCCCUAAGUGCCCUUGAGGUGUGGCUGCCAGAGUCAGAGGUUGUAUGAUGUCAUUAUUUCUGUUUGUCUUAGCUGCACAGGAGAACACCUGUUACCUCCCCUUUACCUGGGCUGUUUUUUAAAUCAGUGUUCAAGACUGAAUGGAGAUGUAAAUAAUAUAAUUAUUAUGAAAAGAAGCCAGUUUGAACUCGGACACCAGUCAACGGCCUCAGUCUUCCAGAGGCAUGUCUUAAUUUCAUUGUAAAAGAUACAGUUUGUCUAUUUUCAUGCUUUUUUUGGGGGGGGAGGCUAUUUUGUGCUUUUUUUUUUUUUUGAUAACCGUGUGUAGACAUCUUAUUAUGAAGUGAUUUUCUAUGUUAAAGAGAUGAAAAGAAAAUGUACCUAUCUAAAGAAGACAUUGGGAAUUCUAGGAGUGGAGGGGCAAAUUCGCCCCUUUUCGAUGGAGCCUUUUUAUUUCCUGGCUCCACAGUGGCACCUGAGAAGUAAUUUGAUGCUUUUUUUAUUGAAAUCAUGAGUUAUUACCUGCUAUGCUCCAAGUUACUUCUAACUUUGCCGCUUGAUGUGGCCUGGGGCUUCCUUUUGGUCUGCUCGGUUUGGAUUCCCUUGUCUAAAUAGUACCAAGAGCAGGGAAUUCGAUGUGUGGAUGAAGAUCAAUAAAAAAAUGCAAAGAAAGGUACUUCAGAGAUGCUCAGUAUAGGUCAUCAGCCAUCAUGAGGACCUCAGACGUGAACCACUUUGCAAAUCAGAAGGCUUUUUUAUACUCUUGUUAUCAGAACGGUCUAUUUUUCCAGCAGCAGGAGGAGCUCUGAAAUCCAGAGACAAGUUCUCCAAGGAGACACGACUCCUGGGUCUCUUCUCCCAGUCUUCAGCAAACUCUGCAACCACUGCCGACAUUUUAAGUUAUCAAAUUCAAGUGGAUUUGUAUGUUGAUUACUUAUGAAAAAAGGUUUAAAUAUGUAUAAGUAAAUUUUCAACUGCUAGCAAAGCCAAAUUUUGUUAAAUAACUGUGACGUUUGGUCUUCUAUACAUUCUACCCACAGCAUCUUUCAUCUAGUCUUCUGGUCAUCUGUCCAUCGUCUCAUGAUGUUAGUAACAAUGUUACAUUACUGUUGGCAACUGGUAUCAACAGAGAUAGGAAUCAAAGAUUUUUAAUAACCAAAGCAGGAGAAAAUCAUUUUAAAUUUUUAAUAAAUAUUUUAUGGUGUGAGUUCCUGGGGGAGUGUUUUCUUUAUAAUUAGUCAUUGUUCAUAGAACUCAGAAUUGUAACUACUGCUUCUGGGACUGUGAGUUUUACUUAAGCAGUAGCUGGUAUCUAGGAAGGUCAGAUGUAUUUGUGACAAACCUUGACACACAAAAGACGGUUCUUUGGGAUCUCCUGUCAUCGUGUUAAUGCAAAGUUUAGGAACUGGCCCUCCGUAACAACAUCUCAGAAACAGCCGCGGCUGGCGCUUCCCAAGUGCUUGAGCAAGCACAGGCAAAAGGCCUUAUGUACACACUUAUUUAGUAUCACAUCUAUUUAGUGUGUAUGUGUGUGCAAGGGAGGGGGUACAUGUGUACAGGGGCACACCUAUGGAAAGCUGGAAGACAAUUUAUGGAAGCCAGUUCUCUCCUUCCAUCAUGUGGCUCCCGAGGAUCAGACACAGGUCAUUGUCAGCCAUGACAGCAAGCACCUUUACCCACUGAGCAUCUCGCCAGCCCCAGACCUGGUUUAUGAAUACUGAGAGCUGAGUUCCAUGGAAUUACGACGUCACCAAAUGGUUUCAUCCCACCCCCUUCACCGCAGCCAUCUCAAAGGGUAAAACGCAGUCUAAAUGCUCUUGCUACAAAGCUAGGCCUAAGCCAGUUUUGCCCAGUGAGCUGUGUAGGUGGCCAACACCAGGACUUGGCAUGAUGCAGGGUAACCUCUGCAUGAAACAAAGGAUGGUAAGUGCUUGCUCAUAUGAGAUUGUCUGAGUCUCUUCCCUUUUCUGGGUGGGGAAAAAGUAAGUUUUAUUCAAUGAAACGGGAGUUUUUGCUCAAAGAAGCCACCUAGCCUUUCCAAAGAUGACGUCACCAGAAGCAAUUGCUGAGCUUUUGAAUUUUGGGAGGAGCUGGAGAGGGCUAGCAGGGUGGAAGUACAAAUACUUAGUUCCAGUAUGCCGUUCUUGUUCUCUUGGGAAUAUAAAAAUUCUGAACCUCUAUGAUGUAAUUUGCAUUCGGUUGAAACGUUUUACAGUCUGUCUAAAAGGAGGCUCAUUUGAUGAUGGAAAAAUAGUCACCCAUUUUCUCCUGUGUAUAAGCCAGCCGCUUUUCUCUAGAUUUUAGGAGAGAAAAAACAGAUCUUUGCGAGGAAGAAGAAGCUAACCAGCUCGUCUAUUGAAAAGUGUGGGCCUAGCAUGGUGGCUCAGGCUUGGAAUCUCAGCACUUGGGAGGCAGUGGCAGGGGACUGCAGUGAGUUCAAAAUCAACCCAGCUCAGAGCGAGACGGCUCCAAACAAGUGAGAGCUGGGCUUGUCACUGGGAUCCCAGCACUUAGGGUCUAAGGCAGGACGGUUUGAGGCUCCCAUGGAGUAAACAGUGAAAUGUCUCAAAAGCAAGACAAAAGGUAAGUGGAAACUCCACAUCUUCCAUUUCUACUGCAGGGGACAGUUAAAAUGUGUCACUGUCAGUCUGGGAUGUAACUUAAUACUUCACUUGCCCACUCUGUGGGAGGCCCUGAGUUUCAUCCCCAGCAUCAAAAAUUAAUGACAUCAGCAUCCAGGGUGGUCAGCCCUCCAAGAUGAAUGUGAUUCACAGGUUUAUUCUGCAGCAUGUGCCUGCUUUCCCCUUCUGUUUCUGGACAAGUUCCCACAGGUAACUUCUUCUCAUGCUUUGAAGAUUGUAGAGUUUUAUUUCCUGAGUUGAGUGACCCAUAUGGUCCUUGUUUUGUUAUAAACUAGGAUCUAUGAUUCCCUCGGAACAAAUGGCGAUCAAGCCGUAUGUCCGUUAAUGCCCUGGACUGUGGGAGGGAGACUGAAUGGUGCUCAGAGCUGAGGCCAGGAGGGCUUUGGAGCUUGAUGCUCUCUCUCCUCAGGCAACCCCACCUUGAACCAGCGCAGUGACCUUUUUUACGGUGCCAAGCCCCCAGCACGCACAUGCACAGAGAUUCCUUGAAGUGGGUCAGCCAACUGAUAAACGGCACACACGCUUGUUUUCGGUUGCUCGAGCCUCCCAGAUGCCAAGGAAUAAAGUUAAUGGACUUUGGAGCUGUGGCUCCUGUUAACUUAGCCUGGUCAGCCAGAAUGGCAUUCCUGGAGUAUGUGUGUUUUACUACGAUACCCGGGGCAGACCUUUGUGUGUGACGUUAGAAUCAGAUCCUGCUGGAAUCUGGAAGGAAAGUGGGCAGAGAAAUCAGACUGCCCUGUUGGUCAUUUGGGCAAAAAGCAAGUCUCCAAGCAUGGGCUACCUUACAGGACUUCACUGAAUUACUGCUGAAUCAAUAAUGCGUCUGUAUUAAUGGCUCAUCAAGCUUUCUGGAAGUUAAAAAAAAAUCUGGUCACUUCCUGCUUAUGCUUGUUCCACUUGCUUUUUGAGUAAUAGAACAAAGCUGCCCAGUGUGGUGUGGGUAAAGGUCUUGAGCAGAAGACUCAAUGCAUGCAGUGGGCUUGGGCAGUUUUAGACACUUAAACAUAUUAGGCACCCAGAGGGAGGCCAGAGGGGCCUGGACAAGGCCACAGGGGGAGAGCUUGGUACUGGACUUUCACAGAGCUUCUUUCCCAUGCUUAAAAGGGCAGGCCAGGAACACAAGGAGGGUUGAAAAAAGUCCAGAAGCCUCGUGUCCAGAGGACUGAUGACAGCAUGGGCGGGAACCUUCCUGAGUGCCCAGUGCCAUGCCAGCGACACUGUCCCCUCCCCUCUCCCCCUGCAUCCUCCACACACAUCGGUCAACACGUCUUUGCUUUCUCAAAACUUUUCUUCAUUAAUUAAGAAGCACGGAUUUUCCUUUGAUUUGAGUGCCUUCCAGGGAUUAAGAAUUGGAAACUAUGGAUUCUCUUCCGACAACUGUGGCAAUGACUCCCUGACUGUUUGGGGCCCUGAUUUGCUGCCUUCUUUCUGGUCUGUUCUUCUGUGUAGGACCAUUGAUCAGUGGGAACCAGAAGAAAAAUCCCUAGGAAAACCCUCAAGUUACUCAUGUUAAAGACGUUGGGUGUAAAACCUCCAUACUGUGAAAGAAUGAUUUGAGGGUUUGAGACAAGGUCUUCCAUGUAGCUCAGGCUAGCCUGGAACUCACUAUGUAGUCCAGGCUGGGCCUCAAACUUCUGGCAAUCCUCUUACUUCAGCUUCCCAUGUGCAGGGAUUGCAUUACAGGGAUCACACCAAUUUCAGCUGUAACACUGUAGUCUUGCCUGAGGAUUUGGCUCUGACAGUCAUUUUAUUUCCUACAGCUUCAUCUUCCAAAUGUCUUCAACAUUUACACCCAGAACUAAGGGACCUAGACUCAAAUCAUAAAUGUCCAGAGCAAGAAACUAAAAACUAAUGCUCUAAAAAAACCUUCUACAUGAAAAAUGCUGGUAGCAUUUUAAGACUGACUUUAAACAUAAAACAUACAUCUCGAAAUGUAGGGCAUUUAGAAAAAUCAUUCCUUAAUGGUAUAGUUUUGAAUCAAGAGACUGAACAACCAUAAGCCACUGAUUGUCAUCUGUAACUAUAAUAUGAAAUUGCUAUGUGCAUAUGCAUGCAUGCACUCACUCCAAGAGAUUCCAAGCACAGUGGACUGUGUAUACUUGGGUGGCUCACGCAGGACUCUUCAGUGCUUAGUAUACUUGGACCCUCUCAAGAUCAGGCAAAACCAAUUUAGAAUCAUUUCUACUGCAUGCCCAGUGCCUCUGAUGAGAGCCUAGUCUCUCUGAACCCGAGGAUUGUAAUUCUCACCUCUGGGGGACAAAAGAAUAUCUCAUAGCAUGCACCAGCUGUACCCAUACACACACACACUCCAGCUCCUAUUUAGAUGUGUUUUUAUCUGUUCAAUAUGGAAAAAUACAUAUAUUUAUGUAAACAAAUACACCAGAGAAAGAACCCUAGAAGUAAUGGGGCAAGGUUCUUAUUUUUUUUUCCCCACUAGCCAAUCAAUAAUGUUACAUUUUGUCUGGGCUAACCUAAAUGUCUUGUUUUUCAGCUCUCUGUCCCUUGGUCAGUACUUUCUCUGUGAUACACCUGGUGGGCCAGUCUUGUUUCUUUACACUAUGGUUUUAUAACCCACAGGGGUUCUCUCAUCCCUGGGUCUCUCUCUAGCAUGGCCGGUCAUCUGAAGCCUUCUCUUGAAUGGAUCUAGAUUCAGGAAAUCAUACAGUAAGAGCCGGGCUGGGGCUGAAUGCUGGAACCUUUGACUAAAAUGCAGUUGUGUUCCAGCAACACACACACACACACACACACACACACACACACACACACACACACACACCAUACCACAUGUCCUCUCCCCAAUUACUUUACAUUCUGAAACAUUUAAUUUUAUCAUUAAUUUAAAUUUUGAUUGACAGUGAAUCACUUCAUUUAACUUUCCUAUCGAGUUAAUUACAUUCACACACAACAAGCACACAAUUUUAACUUUCUCAACAAACCAUCACUCAGGUAAAUGAGUUCUCUUCCUCAGGACAUGAGCUGUGCCCGAAAUUGAGCCUCAGAUAUAUGAAAUUACACAAUGUGGAAUCUUUUGUUUUGUUUUUUUUCGAGACAGGGUUUCUGUGUACCCUGGCUGUCCUAGGACUCACUCUGUAGACCAGGCUGGCCUCGAACUCACAGAGAUACACCUGCCUUUGCCUCCUGAGGGCUGGGAUUAAAGGUGUGCACCACCACUGCCCAGCAGCACAGAAUCUUUUGUCUGUUUUUCCUUCCACAUUAUGACUACUGUUGUAUAGAGCAAUGGUUUGUGUCUUUUAAUUGUGGUGUGGUAUUCCAUUGUAGAACUCCUGCCUAAUUAUCUAUAUUACUGUUAAUGGACAUUUGGGAUAUUUUCCAUUUUAUGUGUUCAGGAACAGUUUAAACUGCCUCUAGGAGAACGUGGCAUUUAGCUCCCACAGAUGGUAUUCCAGGGCCUGGAUUGUCAUAUCUCAGGAUGCUUGUUUAGAGCUUAGCAGCUGGCCACUUCUGACACUUAGGGCCUUUGGGGAAGCAACAGUUACAAUUUGAACAGCAGAUGAAGAUGAGGGUGUGCUGUGGGAUGUUCUGUAUGGCAAAUGUGUUGCUCUGAUUGGUCAAUAAAUAAAACACCCAUUGGCCAUUGGCUAGGCAGGAAGUAUAGGUGGGACAAGGAGGAGAAUAAAGCUGGGAAGUGGAAGGCUGAGUCAGAGAGACACUGCCAGCCGCCACGAUGAGAAACAGCAUGUGAAGAUGCCGGUAAGCCACGAGCCACGUGGCAAGGUAUAGAUUUGUGGAAAUGGAUUAAUUUAAGCUGUAAGAAAAGUUAGCAAGAAGCCUGCCACGGCCAUACAGUUUGUAACCAAUAUAAGUCUCUGUGUUUACUUGGUCGGGUCUGAGCGGCUGUGCUUACAGGGGCAAGCAGCAGACAGGUGGGACUGGCAGGUGAGAGAGAUUUGUCCUGACUGUGGGCCAGCCAGGAAAACUCUAGCUACAAGGGUGUGUGUGUGUGUGUGUGUGUGUGUGUGUGUGUUUGUGUGUGUUUGUGUGUGGCUUUGGUGCUGGAGAUGGAACCCAGAGCCUCCCCGAUGCAAAGUAAGUGUUCUACCACCGAGCCACAUUCUGGCCCAGGCAGAAAGACUUUUGUUUUGUUUUUUGGUUUUUGAGACAGAGUUUCUCUGUGUAACAGCCCUGGGUGUCCUGGAACUCACUCUGUAGACCAGGCUGGCCUCAAACUCACAGAGAUCUGCCUCCUCUGCCUCCCAAGUGCUGGGAUUAAAGGUGUGUGCCCAGUGUCAGAAAGUUGGGGAGAAAUCAAAAACAAUUUCUCUGCAAAUAACUUAGAAUAGUUCAAAUCAAAACAUAUUUUUAAAAAAUUCAGAGUAUAUGGGGAGGAUGUGAGCCUCAUUCAACCCUGUGAACAACUCUAAAACAAUGUUACAGAAACUGUUGGGGGAAGGCCAUUAAGACCCAGGGCUCAACAGGAGAUGGUGGCAGUCAGUCCAGCGGGGCACCCUCACUUUAAACAGCUGCCACUCUGGACUUCCAAGUCCAGGGCACUUAACUGCAUCUGAUGAUGAAGGUUUCAGGUCAGUCUUCAAGAAUUUUACAUAAUUUUACUUAUGUGUAUGACAUACUGUUAAUGAAUAAAUAACCAAGAGCUGGCCCAAGUGGGUUUGGUGUAGGCGGAAUUAAAAGGGAAGGGUUUUAGCCUCUUUAGCCUCCGUUGAUAAUACUGAUUGUGAUGGUUAGUGCUGUCAACCUGACAGGUCCCAGAAUCACCUGGGAAGAGUCUCGAUGAGGGAUUUUCUACACUAGGUUGGACUGUGGGUGUGUCUGUGAGGGAUUGUCUUGAUUAAGUCAACUAGUCCACUGUGGGUGGGGCCAUUCCUUAGGUCCUGAACUUUGUGGAGCAGAAAUCACGCUGAGCACAAACAAGCUGGUACACACUUACUUCUGUUCCUGACUGUGGAUGUGAUGUGACUAGAUACUUGAAGUGCUCGCCUUGCCUUCCCCACAGCGACGGACUAAGAACCGGAACUGUAGCUGAAAUAAACCCGGUUCCCCUUACGUUGCUUUUGGUCAGGCUGUCUUAUCACAGCCACAGAAGCAAAACUGGAACACUGACUGAGCAUCCCUUAUUAGAAGCAUCUGUCACCAGCAGUGUCCUAGAAGGGAGCUUUGCAGCACCCUUUUAAAAUAAUGUUGUAAAUGAAAUAAAGUUCCAGAGUGCAUUUUAUUUCCACUUGUGGCAUCAUAUCAGGUUUUUGAAGUUUUGGGUUUGGAUGCUGGGGCCAUAGAUAAGUGGUAGAACGCUUGCCUAGCGUGUGGGGUCUCUGCAUUUGACUCCCAGCACUGUGGACUGGAGGGAACAAGGAAAGGAUGAUAAUGGCAGCCAGCAUAGAGGAGGACCUUUGGGUUUUCAGAAUAGAUUUAUGGAACAUAGACCUGUGAAAUAACACCACCAGGCUGGGAUGCGGCUCGGCGGCAGAGCACUUGCCUAGAAGGCCCAGGGCCUUGGGUUUAAUCCCUACAUCGGAAGGAGAGGGUAAAAUGCCUGUGUCGUGAGUUGAUGCUGUUCCUGAUGGAGUUUGAACAUCUCCCUCCCAGUUUACAGGAAUUCAGAUGCCCAUGUCAUGAGUUGAUGCUGUUCCUGACGGAGUUUGAACAUCUCCCUCCCGGUUUACAGGAAUUUGGAGAUGAACCGGGAGGAAGGGAGGACUCUUCUAGAUACAGUUCUUUCCUUUGACUGACACAUCAAAACCUGGUGUGGCCUUUUCUCAUGAAGAGGCCUGGCUGCAGUAACUUCUUGUGGGCACAAAAGGACAUUCCAAAAUGAAACACAGUCCAGUCUUCUGCUUUAACCAAAGGUUUAUUUGAAAUGGGUUUGUGCAGACAUACGCCGGUUAACAGGAUUGGUCAAAACCUAAUCAAUAAAACCAAUGUACAAGGAGACAUCAUGGGCAUGGAUUCCCUUCCGGGAGGGAGACUGACCUCAUACCACCAUACUGCUGUCACUUAACAACCAGCCGACAUUAACAGCACUGAAAAUCAUUACACUUCCGGAGGGAAGGAAAACUUGCACCUAUCACGGAUGCGCUCACUUUUCUCCUGGGAGGCAGUCUAACAUGACCCCCAGCCAGCUUCCCUCUGCAUGGCUAGGUGAAGGUCUGUCCUUGGUAAACAGUAUUUGAGCAAUCUCAGAACAGAUCUAACAGGAGCCAGGGGGCACAUGGGGCUUUGCUUACAUGAGAGUCACACCCUCCCCAUAGGCUCAGUAGGAUGUGGUUCUCUACCCUGUGGCUGAUCCUCGCUGUGCACAUGCUGCCUUUGCUCUGGGAAGGAGGCACAGAAGGAGGAGCCCUGGUGCUGGUCGUCGGCAAGGAGGGAGAGGGAGCGGGAGGCUCAGGCUUUACAUAGAUUUUAUGACUGGAACACCAGACAGGUCUUUACCAGCACAGGGAUCUUGUUGUAAUUGCCAUGGGAUAAUUGUACAUAGUUAUGGGCUGUGCUGCCGGGAUCUUGCUGGAAGGGGAGAAACUCCAUGACCAGGCAGGUUUCCUUUUUUUUUUUUUUUGUAAAUUGGUGUCUGCUGCUUGCCCCUGUAAGCACAUACCAGCUACCUCUAGGAACACAGCUGGAUCCAGUCCAACCCCACGGCAAGCGGGUCACCCCGCCUGCUCUUUAGCCCCCCCCCCCUUUUUCCCACACAGGAAAUCAGAAACUCUUCCCUGCACAAACCUUUUAUUUAUCUUAUUUUAUAGGACCUUGCUUGUGGCCCAGGCUGGCCUCCAACUCUUGAUUCGCCUGCCUCAGGCUCCAGAGUGCUGGGAUCACAGGCACGUACCACCAGGAAGGGCUCCCGGCUUUUGAUAAGCCCUCCUGACCUCUGCCUCCCAGGGCAGGAUGGUUUGGGUGGUGAUGCUGUUUCAACUUUUUUCUUUCUUCCCAUCUCUGCCAUAAAUCACAGCCACCUGACACUUUGUUCCUGAUUUCUCCAACAAACAGGUCUCCUUCCUCUCUUCCUAGCCAGGUCAGAAGAAAUGCCUGUGGGCUAAUCCCGUGAGCAUGUUUUUCUUGGUCUGAUGCCUGGGAGAGGGAGAGGAGUCGAUAUCUCAGGCAGCAAGAGCAAGAGCUUGUCAUCUGAACAGGAGCCGGCCUGGGUGGAAAAAGAAUCAGUCCUUUGUCUCCUCUCCCUGGGGAUGGCUGAGGUGUUCCCAAGGCUAGGCUGGGCUGGGGGGUGGGGUGACCUCUCACCUCUUUGCUCAUGGCAUUGGUUCGCAGUUUCUGACCACUUGGAUUUAUGCUGCUUCCAUACACCCUCCUCUUCCUACGCAAGAAAUCACUCAUCCUGGGUCAAUGGGGGAAGCUUUAAAAAAGCCAGGGCGCACACAGUCUGAGACAUGGUAUUCGGUGAAGAUCAUGGAAGGGGAAAAGUUGGACAUGGAUGCUGAGAAAAAACGUGCACGAACCAAGGGUACCCUACACCAUGUUGAGUGCUGGUCUCACUCUUUUAGGCACACAUAAUAGUGCCAUUGUGGGAAUCUUGGGCCUCUACCUCUGUUGCCCAUGGGAAAGCCUUCAUGAUGACCUUCAAUUAAGGCUAGCCUGAGUUAAUAUCCCCCUACUGUACGGACACAGACAACAGCCUUGAAGCCAACACAGAAUCACCCACACAGCCAACUGAUGUGCACUUUCUUAUUUUGAGGGGCCUUUAUUUUAGCUUUCCCAUUGUUGUUACAUUGGUUGAUUGAAGCAUGUUCAUGCAGAGAAGAUGACAUCUGUUCUGUUUAUUUUUUUGAGACAGGGACUUCCUAUGUAGCCCAGGCUGAUCUUUAAUUCUUAUUCGUCAGCUUCCUGAGGGCUGGGAUCACAGGUGUACACUGUCACACCAGAUGGCAUGCCAUCUUUUGAUUUGACCUGAUAAACCUAUUUCUUUAUUAAGUUAUCACUUCAGAUCUGUCUGGUCAGUUUCCCUGUUCAGUUUUUAAAGACCCCAGGAGAUGAAGGCUACAUUUCAGAUGCUGAGGCUAAAUCACUCCUUGAAUGACUUUGGGACAAUGACCCUGGGCAGUAAUUCAAACCCUGGCCGAACUGUGCAGUCCUUUCACAUGCUCCAAACAAAGGCUGCCUCAUCUGACAGCAGAGCUGCUGCAGACUCUAGACUUAUGGCUUAAGACAAAAUCCCAAGACACAAAUAGCUGAUGGAAAAUUAUCUUCCUUAGGAUUCAAAAGAAAAGCUCAUUACUAUAACAAAUGAGAGAUUAUGGAUGUUAGCUUUCUUUAUUUAAAAAAAAAAAUCGACCUGAAAGCCUAUAUAUCCAUUUACAUAUUCAGACUCUUGUUAUCUAGUUUCGUUUAAAACAAAACAAAACAAAUAAAAACAUUCCCUCAUUGGGAACAUACAUAGCUCAAUGGCAAACACUAGCCUAGCAUUCACAAGGCCCUGAGUUCCAUCCCCAGCACAGCACAACAAACAUAUAAUAAAACGCUUUUCAGGAGGCAAAAAGGGUCAGAUGUUCAAGGGUAGCUUCAGCUACAUAGUGAGUUCAAAGCCAGCCUGGACUACAGAAGAAUUUAUCUCAAAACAACAACAAAACCAUUCAUUGCUUCUUGAUUAGUCAGUAUUGAUUUUCGCUGUGCGUACUUGAAGGCUUGUCAAAGGAAAGAAGAUGCCCAGAGGGGCUCUGCUGAAGCCCAGGUUCACCGUCACUUUCACCAGAGCAGUCAGAUACCUCACCUCUCAUGUCUUUGUUUUUGUGUUUGCAUGAGUGUUGGGAACUGGGGAAAGUAAUACUGAUCUAGAAAUCUGGAAUAUUCUGCACCGAGACAGAGCAGACACAGCAGCUCUGCUUCCCGGAAUAUCACACAGUAAGUAGACCCCGACCAGCUAGGCAGUACUUCCAGACUGCCUGGUGGACUUGAGCAGGGUAUUGCCUCCAAUGAUAGUGUGUGCUGUCCACACGGCAGUCAGCCCUAUGGAUGUGAGGGGAGUAGAAGAACCCAGAACUAAGUAGAAAGGAUACUGGCUGUGCUGUUUACAGUUUCAAGAACAGGAUCCAGUCAUACAGAUGAACCUUCUGUGAGCAUCCUUAGCCCUAGACCCAUCUUAGCUCAAUCCAGAGGCAGGCCUGGAAGUGCUGACCACAUGUGACCUGCCAGCCCAAGAGUCACAAACCAUGUGAUGGGAGUGACAUGUCCCACAUGACAUCUCCACUGAGCUGACAGCCAGUGUGUGCAACCUAGUCCAGUCCACUCUGUUCCCCAGGGAGGGGUUGUGUGUGAGACAUUCUGACCUCAAUUUAAAGACAGGACAAAUGACAUGACUCCCCAGUGGGCCCUGCAUAAAUAGUAUACAUCACACACCAUGACAGCUGCUUUGCCUAGAAACCCAAUUUAGUCAUUUGGCUAGGGGAAAGCUUAAUCAAGACAGAAAAAAAUAGAAAACAUCUCUCCCAGAAAUGUUUUCUCCUGCCUGUAUACCUCAUUAUUGUGGAGACUGUUUAGUCUACUUCUCAAAAGAAGAAAAUAUGCUCCAGGAAAAUGCACACUGUACUGUAAAGUCCAAAGACAAGAAAACAAACAAACAAAAAAACCCCAAACAAACACUUUCAUUCACUAAUCUGAUUUAAUAGCCUUCAAGUUCAAGAGUGGGCUAAGUAUCUGACAAAAAGUUGGAUUUUAAUUCCAUCUUUCCAAAUGGGUUUAGUUCCCAGAUGUAAAUGACUAGUGGGGCCUGGGCAUCCUCUCUUCCCCUCCCAACAUGGCAGCCUCAGCAAAACAGAUGAUUCAGAAGGGAAGACCAUUUCCCUAACAGACUUUCUGGUUAAGGAUGGCGGGAGGAAGCACCUAGGUCCCCAAACCAGUCAGCUGGGCUGAUGAAACAGAUGAUCUGGAAAGAGAUGUGUCAACAACUCGGCAUAGUAAUGAUGACGGUGUUUAUAGGGCACCUCUAAUUGACUGUUCUGUCCUUUUUACUGCUCCAUGGGCUGCUCAGGAACCAAAUACCCACCAGAGCUGUCUUCCCAAAUCGCCACCCUACACCGUUUUCCUAAGGAACCUGCCCUAUGAUGUGACAGAAGACUCUGCUAAGGAGUUCUUUAGAGGAUGAGAUAUCAGUGCAGUCCACUUGCUGUGUGAACCCAGCAAUCCAGACAGGUUGAACGGUUUUGGCUAUGCAGAAUUUGAGGACCUGCAUACUCUGCUCGGUGCGCUGAGUCUCUAGGUAACAGGAGAAAUUUGAGUUGCUGAUCAAGCACUGGAUACAGACAGGGGUGAUUAUUCUUUUGGUCAAGAUAGAAAUUUAGAUUCUAACAAAACAGACACAGACCAGAUGACCCAUCCUGCUGCAGACAGCUUUGAGGACUACCAUCCAGAAGAGGUGACGGUAGCUUUGGAGACAAGUGUUGAGAUUCAGAGCGGUAUCAGGAUGGGUUUCAGACAGGUAUCAGGACAGCCCAUGCUGAGAUGUGGGGGCCAGGAUGCUGUGAUGACCAGGGCAGCAGAGACUAUGACCAAGGCUAUGACCCCAGGAUAGGCAGAAGAGCAUUUGGUAGUGGGUACUGUAGGGUUGGUGACUGCAGAGGAAAUAGGGACCGCUAUGAAGACAGGUAUGACAGAUAGGGCGGUCAGUCAUGGAGCUCCAGGGAUGAUUACUCUUGGGACAAUUAUAGGCAUGAUGACGGAGGUCUGUCCCCCGACAACCCCAAACGGAAUCGAAAAACUUGGAGUAUUCCCAAGGAAGAUGAUUCCUCUGCUAGUUCCUCCCAGUCCAGUCGAGCAGCUUCUAUCUUUGGAGAGGCAAAGCCUGUUGACACAGCUGCUAGAGAAAGAAGCUGAAGAGGGACCACGGAAGUGGCAGGAGAAGUUGCACCGUCAGCUGGAUGAACCAAAACUAGAUGGCUGACCCUGGAGGAGACACCAAGUGGGCCAAGGGAAGAAACUCAGAACGGUCGAGGACAGGAAGUGAGUCAUCACAGACCGGGGCCUCAGUCACAUCUGGCAGAAUUACAUGAGAGAGAGAGAGAGAGAGAGAGAGAGAGAGAGAGAGAGAGAGAGAGAGAGAGAGAGAGAUCUCUAGAAAAAUGAAACAC